AUGGGAUGUUUGGUUGAUGGCUUGAAAUUGUUAGACGUACGAAUUAACAACCAUACAUUGUUGGGUAGUAGCACAACAUUGACUUGCAUCUAUGAUUUGGAAGGUGAAACUUUAUAUUCUGUCAAAUGGUACAAAGAUGGUGAUGAAUUUUUCAGAUAUCUUCCAAAAAGUAAACCAGAGAUACAAGUUUUUGAACAAAAGGGAAUUCACAUAGACAUUGAUAAAUCAAAUUCUAAUGAAGUUGUACUAGACUCCUUACAGUUGUCGAGCAGCGGUUCUUAUAGAUGUGAAGUAUCAGCGGAAGCACCGUCGUUUCAAACUGUUGCUCAAGAAAGAGAUAUGUUGACUGUCGCGCUACCUGAAAGUCCACAAAUAAGUGGUCUUCAAUCCGAAUAUAUUGUCGGAGAAAUAGUCAAUGCUAAUUGUACGCUAAAUCAUGCAUUACCACUUCAACCGCAACUUGUAUGGUACAUAAAUAACAAAAAGAUAUUCUUUGUUAGAAAUCCUUAA